AUGACAACAGAAGAAAAUCAUACAGAAGGAGCUUCAUAUGCUGAGCAAAUACUAGAGGCAGCUAGAAGAAACAAUACAGAAUUACUUCUCCAAAUCAAAUCAGAAUUAGGUAAUGAUCAAAUCAAAUUAUCGGAAUUAAUAAAUACCACACAUGAAGUUAUUACAAAUAAUACACCAUUACAUAUAGCAUGCAAUUUAGGAAAUUGGGAAUUUAUAGAUAUAGUAUUAGAUAUAGAAGGAGUUGAAAUUGAUCCACAAAAUAGAGCACAAGAAACACCAUUACAUUUAGCAGUUAAAUACACGAUAAAUGAACCAGAACAUGGAUAUUUUGUAAUAGAUAAUUUGUUAGAUGCUGGUUCAGAUCCAAGGAUAAAAGACAAAGAUGGUUUAAAACCAAUCAAUUAUGUAAAUCGAGAUAAUGAAAAACUAGCACAAUUAUUAGAAAGUGCAGAAUAUGCUAUAUCUAUGGAAGCAAGUGAAAAAGAACAAUUAAAAGAAUUUGAAGAAGAAGAAGAGGGAGACGAUGGUUCAGCAUCUGAUUCGGAUUAA